AUUGAAAUGAGGCAGAUAGAUAGCCUGUUAUCCACUACAAAACAUCAUCUUCUUCACCAUCACCAACAAUUGCAGACUUCUUCAUACAAUAACAAUGGCGAGUGCCACAACUACAUGGAGCAUGUCGUCACUCAAAUCCUCACUUCCUUCAAUCUCCACUUCCACUUCUUCAGUUCGUUGCUCGUUUCGUCCCCCAAAUUUCACUCGAGUUAAACCUAAUUGCAAGCCUGUGUUUGGCUCUUUUCUCGGUCUCGCUCCUCUUAACCCUAUUCCAAAUCUCACUUCAGGAAACAACAGUUACGAGCAUAACUUCACCAUAAUCGACAAUGGUGGUCGUGUCUCUGCCAUGAGACACGGAAGGCGGGUCCCUAAGCUCAACCGUCCACCAGACCAGCGAAAAGCGCUCCUUCGUGGGCUAACCACUCAACUUUUAAAACAUGGACGCAUCAAAACCACCAGAGCACGAGCGAGUGCCGUGAGGAAAUAUGUUGACAAGAUGAUCACGUUGGCCAAAGAAGGCUCACUUCACAAAAGGCGACAGGCCCUUGGGUUCAUUUAUGAAAAGCAAAUUGUGCAUGCAUUGUUUGCUGAGGUCCCCGAAAGAUACGGUGAAAGGAAUGGAGGGUACACAAGGAUCAUUAGAACUUUGCCUAGAAGAGGGGAUAAUGCACCCAUGGCAUACAUUGAGCUUGUUUAGUUAUGUAAUGUGUUAUUUCUAUCUAUGUUAAAUGUUAUAGCUAUUCGCUUUUUUUUUUUUUGAACGGAUGUUUUGUUGGUGUAUAAUACGAUUUUGAACUGGGCUUAUUGCGGUUUGUAUGAAGCUGAUGGUUGAUCUAGGA